UAAAAAGUAAAAACAUUUAUUAACAACAAGGUUAUUAUGGGUACUAGUUAAAAUGUUUACUAAAGACAGUUGUUCCCCUACAGUUUUUCCCGCCAAUUUUCACAGCGUCAACACAAAGAUGAAAUAUCUAUCAGCAUACUAUUAACAGUUUAGUUAGAAGUUACACUUACCUGUUGCAAAUUACAAGUUACGGCGCACAGCACUGAAGUCCAAACAUUCUACAACCCGAAAUCUAUAUAACACUGUUAUUUUUACUGACUUUUACUCGUUGAAACUCUGUAUCCAAUUGUUGUCGUGAUUAAAUCUAUUAUUUUACAAUGGACGUAGCAGAAACCCAGACUGGUGUUAAUAGGGUUAGAGACCAGUUGAAAGUCAGGUCACAGAAGUUAUUUCAAGAUUUCCUCGAAGAGUUUGUCGAAGAAGGUAAUAAUGAGCCUAAGUACUUAGAAGCCGCUGUAGAAAUGACAAAUUCAGAGCGUUUUACAUUAGAAGUCAGUUUUCUUGACGUAGAAAAGUUUAAUCAAAAUCUUGCUAUUACUAUUCUAGAAGAAUAUUAUCGGGUUUAUCCUGCUUUGUGUAUGGCGGUUGGAAACUUUGUAAAUGACCGAACAGAAGCGACAGGUAGCCAUCACGACUAUUUUGUGAGUUUUGUUGACGUUACCACCAGGUUCAAUGUUCGUGAAUUGACUACAUCUAGAAUUGGAGAAUUAGUACGUAUUUCUGGCCAAGUCAUUAGAACACAUCCAGUUCAUCCCGAACUUGUGUCUGGACAUUUCACUUGCCUUGACUGCCAGACAGAAGUGCCAAGUGUAGAACAACAGUUUAAAUAUACACAACCAACAAUUUGUCGAAAUCCUGUAUGUGCUAACCGAAAACGAUUCAGCUUAAAUGUUAACAAAUCUCGAUUUGUCGAUUUUCAAAAAAUACGUGUUCAAGAAUGUCAGUCAGAACUUCCUCGUGGUAGUAUUCCUCGCAGCCUGGAAAUAAUUUUGAGGAAUGAGAAUGUUGAAACUGUUCAAGCCGGAGAUAGAUAUGAUUUUACUGGAACUUUAAUUGUUGUACCCGAUGUAAGUGUAAUGUCAACCCCAUCGGCUAGAGCUGAAUCGGCAUCUGGGAAAAAAGGAGAUGCUAAUAACGAAGGUGUCAAAGGUUUAAAGUGCUUAGGCAUCAGAGAUUUAAACUAUAAGUUAGCAUUUUUGGCUUGCAGUUUGUCUGCGACUGACUCAAGGUUUGGUGGAAAUGGAGAAAUGAAUAACGAUGAGCUUACUACAGAUUCUAUUGAGCGCAUGAAGAGACAAAUGACAGGACCUCAAUGGGAAAAAAUAUAUGAAAUGAAUCGUGACCGUAACCUAUACCAGAAUUUGAUAAACAGUCUUUUCCCGUCAAUACAUGGCAAUGAUCAGAUUAAAAAAGGAGUGUUGUUGAUGCUUUUUGGAGGAGUACCAAAAACUACAUUGGAAGGUACAACACUUCGUGGAGACAUCAAUUGUUGUAUUGUUGGUGAUCCGAGUACUGCUAAAUCCCAGUUACUGAAACAAGUAGCCGAUAUGUGUCCAAGAGCCGUUUAUACUUCAGGAAAAGCAUCUAGUGCCGCUGGGUUGACAGCUGCUGUGGUUAGAGACGAAGAAUCAUUUGAUUUUGUAAUUGAAGCUGGCGCUCUUAUGUUGGCCGAUAACGGUGUCUGUUGUAUCGAUGAAUUUGACAAAAUGGAUCCACGUGAUCAAGUGGCCAUCCACGAAGCUAUGGAACAGCAAACUAUAUCCAUUGCAAAGGCUGGUGUUAGGGCAACAUUGAAUGCCAGAACGUCUAUACUUGCAGCUGCUAAUCCAAUUAACGGACGAUAUGAACGAAGUAAAUCCCUACAACAAAAUGUAUCUCUAUCGGCCCCAAUUAUGUCUCGUUUUGAUUUAUUCUAUGUGCUUAUCGAUGAAUGCAGCGAAGUUGUAGAUUACGCUAUAGCUAAAACAAUUGUAGAAAUACAUAGUAAUAUGGAAGACACAAUUGAGACCUUGUACAACCAAGAAGACAUUUUAACAUAUAUUGCAUUUGCGCGUCAAUUCAAGCCCCAGCUCACAGUUGAAGCAUCGGAGAAAUUAGUUGCUGCCUAUACUCAACUUAGACAACGUGAUAGUCAGUCUAGUACAAAGUCAACAUGGCGUAUAACAGUGCGACAAUUAGAAUCAUUAAUUCGAAUAUCGGAGGCCAUGGCUAAAAUGGAAUGUUCUGAUCAUGUAACACCAAAACAUGUUUCUGAGGCCUUUAAUUUGUUGAAUAAGUCUAUAAUCAGGGUUGAACAACCUGAUGUCAAUUUGGAGGAUGACGAAGAAGAAGUCUUAAAUGCAUUGGCUGAAUCUAAUGGCAUGGAUGUUGAUGAGCCUGAAGAAACCGACAAACGAGUUCUAACUAAGAAAAAGUUUACACUAGCUUUCGAAGAGUACAAUCGCAUUACAAACAUGUUGGUUGCUUACAUGAGGAAUGAAGAAGAAAAGAGAAUUGCUGAAAAGGGAGAAAAUGAAGAUGGUGGUUUACUUCGAAGUGAAAUAGUCAGUUGGUACUUGGAAAAAAUCGAAGAUCAAAUAAAUGACGAGUCUGAAUUAGUAGAAAAAAAGAGUUUUAUUGAAAAAAUUUUGGAUCGUUUGAUUUACAAUGAUAAUGUGUUGAUUGCCUUAUCACAUUUUAAACCGCCUGAGUCGGGACAUGCAGAACAAGAAGAGAGCGAAGAAGAUCCUGUAUUAGUUGUUCAUCCUAAUUUCGUUGCCGGUCUUUGAUUUAUUUUGUUUAUUUUAUUCUGUAAUACUGUCCUAUUUUUUUAAAUUAAUUGUAUGUUGUAUGUGUAAUUAAAUUUAACAUUGUAUAACUUAAAACAUUUUUAAAGUUAAAAUAUAGUGUGCAAAAGAUCUUAAUGGUCGG